AUGAAGAUCCUCAUCAAGUCUCUCGCAGGCGGCAACUUCCACCUCGAUGCCGAGCUCACCGACACUAUCGGCACCAUCAAGUCCAAAAUCCAAAAGGAACAGGGUCAUCCUCCCGAACUGCAGAAAAUCAUCUUCAGUGGCAAAAUCUUGACUGAUGACAAGACGGUAGCUGAUUGCAACAUUAAAGAGAAGGAUUUCCUUGUUGUCAUGGUUUCCAAGCCUAAAGCUCCCAAGCCUGCUGCUGCUGCUGAUAAGCCUGUCGAGAGCGCGCCUGCUGCUGAAGAGGCGAACAAGGACGAUGCUACUGCUCCUGCAGCUAACACCACUGCAACACAAUCCACCACCACUUCUCCCAUAUCCGACAGCACCGAAGGGCAAACCACCACUGGCGGCGAUUCGGGAAGCUUCCUCACCGGUGGACCUUUGGAAUCUGCUAUGUCGAGCAUGAUGGAAAUGGGUUUCCAGAGGGAACAAGUUCAGAGGGCUAUGCGUGCUGCUUUUAACAACCCCGACCGUGCCGUUGAGUACCUGAUGACUGGCAUUCCAGAACAUCUUGCCAACCCUGCCCAACAGCAGCAGCAGCAACAACAGCAGCAACAACAGCAGCAACAGCAGCAGCAGCAACAGCAACAUCAACAGCAACAGACUCCUUCAGCUGGCGGUGCAGCACCUGCCACUCCUGCUGCUCCUACUUCUGGUGGUGCGGCUGCACGUAUUCCUGCCACUCCUGCUACUCCAACUCCAGCAGGCGGUCGCGCAGGAAACCUAUUCGAAGCAGCUGCUGCAGCUCAACAAGCCGGUCGUCCCGGUGCUGCUGGCAGUCCAGCUGGAGGCGGAGCUGGUGCUGGUGCAGCUGGAGCCGGAGGUGCCGGUGGGCUGCUAGGCGAAGACGACGGCAGUGGAGAACAAGUGAUCGAUCUGGGUAACCCUGCUAUGCUUGCUCAAUUGCAACAACUUGUUCAGCAAAACCCAGCCGCACUCCAACCCCUCGUCCAGGCAAUCGCCCAAUCAAACCCACAACUCGCUGAAGCAAUGAACCAUGACCCUCAAGGCGUGCUUUCCCUUCUUGCCGGAGGCGCCGCUGGUGGAGCUGGUGAGGAGAUGGAAUUGCCUACCCUGGCAGAGUUGAGCGAACAAGAUAGAACGAGUGUCGAACAGAUUGUAGCCAUGGGCAUUCCCGAAGCAAAGGCGAUCGAAAGUUACUUUAUGUGCGGAAAGAAUGUCGAGAUGGCGGUUCAGUACUACUUUGAGAAUCCACAGGAUUUCGAAGAUUGA